CCCGACGCUCGGCCGGCGGUGCCAUCGCGCGGGGAGGAGGGGGUGCGCUUCCGCGGGCGGGGCGCGGAGCCCGCCGUCUCGGAGGCCGCGGCUCGGCCCGGCACUGCGGAGGGCCGCUUGAUUUCCCGGCACCCAGGUCGCGCGGCUGCUAGGGCCGGAGCCGGUGGAUCCGAGCGGGUGCCACCAGCGGCGGCGCGCCGCCUCCCCCGGUGGGAGCGGUGGUUGGGCCAGGCUGCGGCAGAGCGUUCGCUCGGAGAUGGCGGAGCAGCCGCGACGCGGCCCGUGGCCCCGAAAGCAGGGAAGCCGGGCAGCCCCGGGACGCGGCGGAGCCCGGGGACAGCGGGGACGCCGCCCAGUCCUCCGGGUAUGAAGCUAAAAUGCAGCGGCUAAGAACGCGGCUCUGGAGCUUGACAGGCCUGACGUCGAAUCCCAGCACUCCCACCAACUGAGCUGUGUGAUCCUGGGCAAGUUUCUAAGCUUCUCUGAGUUACUCAUAUGUGAAAUGGGGAUAAUGGAGCAUGUACCUUUUCCCUACCUCUUAGGGCUGGUGUGAAGAUUAAAUAUAUGUGAAGCUCUUAGAAGAAUGGCUGGCAAGUUGUAGAGAGGAAGAGAUUGAACUUUGCUGACCUUUGAUGUGAGGCGCUCAGCCAGGGCCAAGGGGAGAGCCUGGCAAGAUUUGCAGCCUGAAGCCAUGGGCCAGGGGGCCAUGGUGACCUGAGACUAGUGGACUCUGUAUAGUUGCCCCCUGCUUCCCCUUCUACCUCCCCUACCCUAUGCUAAGGGGACUCGUCUCCACCUCAAAAACUCCCCGAGGGAAUCCCUGUCCCCUAUUUUCCUAUCCUUGUACCCUUCCAAGACAGUCCUAGCCUAUAGAACUCCUACCUCCCAUCCCCUGAGGUGGCCCCCAUUCCUCCCUCCCUUCCUCCCCCCGCCAUGCUCCAGUUGUGGAAGGUGGUACGCCCAGCUCGGCAGCUGGAACUGCACCGCCUCAUACUGCUGCUGAUCGCUUUCAGCCUGGGCUCCAUGGGCUUCCUGGCUUAUUAUGUGUCCACCAGCCCUAAGGCCAAGGAACCCUUGCCCCUGCCCUUGGGAGACUGCAGCAGCGGUGGGGCAGCUGGUCCUGGCCCUGCACGGCCUCCAGUUCCACCUCGGCCCCCCAGGCCUCCAGAGACAGCUCGAACUGAACCCGUGGUCCUUGUGUUUGUGGAGAGUGCAUACUCACAGCUGGGGCAGGAAAUUGUGGCCAUCCUGGAGUCUAGUCGUUUUCGUUAUAGCACUGAGUUGGCACCUGGCCGAGGGGACAUGCCCACAUUGACUGAUAAUACCCAUGGCCGCUAUGUCUUGGUCAUUUAUGAGAACCUGCUCAAGUAUGUCAACCUGGAUGCCUGGAGUCGGGAACUGCUAGACCGGUACUGCGUGGAGUAUGGUGUGGGCAUCAUUGGCUUUUUCCGAGCCCACGAGCACAGCCUACUGAGUGCCCAGCUCAAGGGCUUUCCCCUUUUUUUACACUCAAACUUGGGGCUCCGGGACUACCAAGUGAAUCCUUCUGCCCCGCUACUGCAUCUCACACGCCCCAGCCGCCUAGAACCAGGGCCACUGCCUGGUGAUGACUGGACCAUCUUCCAAUCCAAUCAUAGUACAUAUGAACCAGUGCUUCUUGCCAGCCUUCGGCCAGCUGAGCCCCCAGUGCCAGGACCAGUUCUUCGUCGGGCCCGGCUUCCCACUGUGGUACAGGACCUGGGGCUUCAUGAUGGCAUCCAGCGGGUGCUCUUUGGUCAUGGCCUUUCCUUCUGGCUCCACAAACUUAUCUUCGUUGACGCUGUUGCAUACCUCACUGGCAAGCGCCUCUGCCUGGACCUUGACCGCUACAUCUUGGUAGACAUCGAUGACAUCUUUGUGGGCAAGGAAGGGACCCGCAUGAAGGUGGCUGAUGUUGAGGCUCUGUUGACCACCCAGAACAAACUCAGGACCUUAGUUCCCAACUUCACCUUCAACUUGGGCUUCUCGGGCAAGUUCUAUCAUACUGGGACAGAGGAGGAGGAUGCAGGGGACGACAUGCUGCUGAAGCACCGCAAAGAGUUCUGGUGGUUCCCCCACAUGUGGAGCCACAUGCAGCCACACCUGUUCCACAAUCGCUCCGUGCUGGCUGACCAGAUGAGGCUCAACAAACAGUUUGCUCUGGAGCAUGGGAUUCCCACGGACCUGGGGUAUGCCGUGGCCCCCCACCACUCGGGCGUGUACCCCAUCCACACGCAGCUCUAUGAGGCCUGGAAAUCCGUGUGGGGCAUCCAGGUGACCAGCACUGAGGAGUAUCCCCAUCUCCGCCCUGCCCGCUACCGCCGUGGCUUCAUUCACAAUGGCAUUAUGGUGCUGCCCCGGCAGACAUGUGGCCUCUUCACUCACACAAUCUUCUAUAAUGAGUAUCCUGGAGGCUCUCGUGAACUAGACCGGAGCAUCCGAGGUGGAGAGCUCUUUCUGACGGUGCUGCUUAAUCCGAUCAGCAUCUUUAUGACCCAUCUGUCCAAUUAUGGAAAUGACCGGCUGGGCCUGUACACCUUUGAGAGCUUGGUGCGCUUCCUCCAGUGUUGGACACGGCUGCGCCUACAGACCCUUCCUCCUGUCCCGCUUGCACAGAAGUACUUUGAACUUUUCCCUCAGGAGCGAAGCCCCCUUUGGCAGAAUCCCUGUGAUGACAAGAGGCACAAAGAUAUCUGGUCCAAGGAGAAAACCUGUGAUCGUCUCCCGAAGUUCCUCAUUGUGGGACCCCAGAAAACAGGGACUACAGCUAUUCACUUCUUCCUGAGCCUGCACCCAGCUGUAACUAGCAGCUUCCCUAGCCCCAGCACAUUUGAGGAGAUUCAGUUCUUCAACGGCCCUAAUUACCACAAGGGUAUUGACUGGUACAUGGAUUUCUUCCCUGUUCCUUCCAAUGCCAGCACUGAUUUCCUGUUUGAAAAAAGUGCCACCUACUUUGACUCAGAGGUUGUACCACGGCGGGGGGCUGCCCUCCUGCCACGAGCCAAGAUCAUCACAGUGCUCACCAACCCUGCUGACAGGGCCUACUCCUGGUACCAGCAUCAGCGAGCCCAUGGAGACCCAGUUGCUCUGAACUAUACCUUCUAUCAGGUGAUUUCAGCCUCCUCCCAGACCCCUCUGGCACUACGCUCCCUGCAGAACCGCUGUCUUGUCCCUGGCUACUAUUCUACCCAUCUACAACGCUGGCUGACUUACUACCCCUCUGGACAGUUGCUGAUUGUGGAUGGGCAAGAGCUGCGUACCAACCCAGCAGCCUCAAUGGAGAGCAUCCAGAAGUUCCUGGGUAUCACACCCUUUCUGAACUACACACGGACCCUCAGGUUUGAUGACGAUAAGGGAUUUUGGUGCCAGGGACUUGAAGGUGGUAAGACUCGCUGUCUAGGCCGGAGCAAAGGCCGGAGGUAUCCAGAUAUGGACACUGAGGUAAGUAAAGCCAGGGGCAGGGGAAUCCCUCUCCACUUCCAGGAUCUGAUUCUGUGUCCCUCUAGUGUCCCACUUCUUACCAUUUCUGCCUUCAUUUUCUCCUGUCAGUCCCGUCUUUUCCUUAUGGAUUUUUUCCGGAACCAUAAUUUGGAGUUGUCGAAGCUGCUGAGCCGGCUUGGACAGCCAGUGCCCUCAUGGCUUCGGGAAGAACUGCAGCAUUCCAGUCUGGGCUGAUGUCCCAGCCUCCCGUACCAGCAAAAUGCCCCCUGCUUCCCUAAGGGGCAGGUUGAGAGCAGGGCCCACAAGGGGGAUUAGAGUGGCCUGGCCCCUCCCCCUCUACCUCAGUAGCCCCCAGGCCUGAGAUGGCUGAGAAGGGAAGGGUAUCCUUUUCCCAUAGUUCUGGGGCAAAUAAAGGGGCUUCCUUUGGUACCCCACAUAAUAGUACUAGGUACCUUUGACCCAUCAUCUUGGGAGGUGGGGAGGAAUGAAAGGGUCCAAGCAGGGUGUAGGGGAAUGUAUUAGUCCAGUGAGAUUUCCCUCUUCAUCCACAGCAGUGUAUCUAUCUAUACCUGGCUAUGGGAGAGACCCCUUGCAUGGGAGGGACCCCUUGCUAUGGCCCCUUUAGCCAGGCAGUGGGAUCUACCUGUGGCCCGGCCUCCCUAAUGUCAUUCACAUUGAAUGGGGAUGAGGUCGGACAGUGGCUCACAGAGCUAAGUAUGAGCCCUAGCUGUGGGCUAGAAAUGUCCUUAAUAAACAUCCUUAUUUUUC